AUGCUGCUGCGCGAUGCUCGGGUCCGCCUGUGGCAGAUUUAUCAGUCUUGGACGGGCGCCCUAGAGACACUGGGCGAGCGGGGCGCGGCCGAGAUGGAGGCGUGCUCGGUCAUGACGUACUUCGGCCUCGACGGCGACUAUGAGACGGCCCGGCGCGUCAGCGCGCGGCUGGGCCGCGAGAGCUACCGCCAUCGCCAAGGCCUAUUCGCGCGAAACCCACAGCGCGAGGACGUUGAACUGAUGAGCCCCGACCGCGUCAUGCGCGAGCUGUCGGUUCGUAGCCCGCUGGCCUACAUGAUGGGCCCGGGCAUGGAGCCGCUGCGCGUCGAGCGGCUGGCGUUCAAAGCGAUGAAGACGCGCGAGGGCUGCCGCUUCCGCGGCUUACCGAUGGCCGGCCAGUACGACGAGGGCCUCAGAGAUGUGGCGAUGAGCGAUCGCGGAUUUGAGAACGCACCGGACCUUGGCGGCGAAUUCGCCGACCACGGCGCGGGCGCGUACGAGGCUCCCAUUGCAUACGACGCCCGGGACUGGGAGCCGACCGAGGACCCCUCCGAAAAGCAUCUCCAGAUGCACUACACGCCCGGCGGGAUGCUCGAACAAGAAGUCCAUUCGCAACUCGACGAAGCGGCGCGGGCGCGGAUCGCCGAGGCCCAGCGUGAGCGGGGGGAGGGGCGUGACUUGCCGGACGAGAAAGAGCUCGAUUUCGCGGGCGACUUUGAGGAGGCCCGUCAUAACGCCUGGGGAUGGGACCCCGAGUCGCAGCAAGAGUACGAGAGGCUGAGCGAAGCGGACAACGCUCGGCGCAAAGACGACCCGUUCGAGACCGGUCGUCGCUUCGAGCGCUACCGGGAAGCGGAGUACGGCGACCAAGAACGGUGA